CUUAUGGAAGUCAGUCGCAAGUUAUCGCUCAAGUCUAAGCGCGCACUUUAUAUAAAACUUUUACAUAAUAUGCCUCCCAGCUAGUAACAAUAAUAAACAAUUUAACAAUAAUUCAUAUUUGUCUUACAAUACAUAUUAGUUUAAGAAAUAUAAUGCGCUAAUUCAAUAGUUUUUCUGUAAAACUGUGCGUCUCUCUCGAAAUUUCCGAAAAUUUCAAAGAACUUUCCGCGAUUUUUUACAAUUUUAGAUCAUGUGUGAGUGUAGGUUUAUUAUUUUUUGUGCGAUUUUGGUGUCGUAUGUGACUUGUUUCAAUAUCGAACAUCGGAAUUAUGCAGUUUUCGAACCUGUGGAUAAUAAUAGAUCUAUGUUUGGGUUCACCGUUGCGGUUCACAAAGACCGAGGAAACAGGGGAUGGAUUUUAGUGGGAGCGCCGGAAGGGCAAUCAAGGUAUCAAAAUCCCGAAAUAGUUAAGAGAGGUGGGACAGUUUACAAAUGUCGAUCGGAUGCUGACAGUGUUUGUGAUCAAAUUCCAUUUGACAGAACAAACAAUGUUGGUUUCGGAGAUACAGCAAUUGACGAGAAAAGCUGGCAGUGGUUUGGUGCAACACUAAGUUCAUCCGGACGCAUGGACGGUCCAGUUGUGGCUUGCGCUCCACGAUACAUCUGGUUUACCAAAGACUUAAAUAGAAGAGAUCCAGUUGGGACGUGUUUUGUUUCUAAUGGAGCUUUCGAUAAUUUUGAAGAAUAUUCUCCUUGUAGAACAAUGAACUGGGGAUACCAUAGACAAGGAUCUUGUCAAGCUGGUUUUAGUGCUGGUGUUGAUAGGGUGGGAGAUCGUCUCUACGUUGGAGCUCCUGGCAGUUAUUAUUGGCAAGGCCAAAUGUAUUCCAUAGAUGCCCAUGCUCAUUUUAACUAUACACCUGGAAUUUUCGGAAAUGUGGGCUAUGGCGCCAAAGGUUCGGUGCAUCAGCAGAGUUUAGAAAGCAGACCAGCUGUGUUUUCUACAAGAGAAGGCAAAGCUCCAGAUGACGAUUCGUACAUAGGGUAUUCCACCGUAGUAGGACACUUCAAACAAGGACAGGAAUAUGAAGGAAUAGCUGUUGGAAUGCCUAGAGGAAACAAAUUGAAAGGAAAGGUUCUGCUUUUUACGUGGGACCUCAAAAACUACAAAAACAUAACCAUAAGCAAACAAAUCGGCUCCUACUUCGGUUACUCCCUUGCAGCUGCUGAUGUAAAUGGAGACAAAAUGUUAGACCUUAUAGUAGGGGCGCCAAUGCACACAGAACCCAAUACUGAGGAAAAAUACGAUGUGGGAAGGGUAUAUGUUUUCUACCAAAGCAGUAAUACAUACGAAAGUUUUAACAGUUCUCAUUUUGUUGAUGGAUUAAACUCCAAAGGACGAUUUGGACUCGCAGUAGCUUCCCUUGGUGACUUGAAUCAGGAUGGAUAUGACGACUUUGGUGUUGGAGCUCCAUAUGACGGUCCCGACGGUAAUGGAGCGGUGUAUAUUUACUAUGGUUCGAAGGACGGCAUUAGAAAAAAAUACGGACAAGUCAUUUAUGCCUCAGAUAUAUCAGGUUCUAGAAACGCUCUAUCCACAUUUGGAUUCUCUAUUACUGGCGGAUUAGACUUGGACAAUAACGAAUAUCCCGAUAUGGCUGUGGGCGCAUACCUUGCAGACUCUGCUUUUUUCUUCAGAUCCAGACCCGUUGUUUUUAUCGACAGCUAUGUCCAAUUUCUCAGUGUCAACAAGAAAAUAGAUCUCAAACACAAGAAUUGUAAGUUACCAAAUGGCCAGGAAAGCACUUGUACCUUUAUAGACUUUUGCAUCAAAUAUUACGGCAAGGGAAUUCCAGACAAGAUUAAUCUCGAUGUUCAGUACAUCUUGGAUACAAAAGUAAACUCUCCUCGAAUGGCUUUUAAAAAUCUAGGAACAAGCACAUUCAAUCAAACCAUCUUACUUUACAAAGACGCCAAGGAAAAUUGCAAACGUGAAGAAAUCAUCAUGAAAAACGAGUUUAAAGAUAAGCUCACAGCUUUAGAGGCAGAAGUUAAGUUCUCGAUGCAGGAGGAGGCUUCUUGGGACGGUUACAGAGAUGCGCGAUCGAGAUUAACUGCGGUGCUAGAUUUGAAUAACCCACCUUCAAGGUCCGAUUCUAUAACGAUCCAAAAGAACUGCGGACCUGACGAUGUUUGUAUACCUAACCUGCAUGUAGAAGUUACAUCCAAUGUUAACAAAUAUCUCUUGGGCUCUAAUACAACGAUCGAAUUCGACGUAAUAGUCUCCAAUUUCGAAGAGGACGCGUUCGAAACAACUUUCGAAAUUACAUAUCCCGCAGGAGUCUUCUACAAAGGAUACAGCAAAAAAAUUGGAUGGCUUUGUAACGACGUAGGUAACAGGACAGUGCUUUGUGAGAUAGGAAAUCCACUUCCCAGUAAAAAGAUUGCAACAUUCAAAGUGCUGUUCCAACCUUACCACAUCGAAGGUUUACCUCGCAGCUACAUCUUUAAUACUUUCGCCAACAGUACUAACCCCGAGCUCCCAGAAACGAUGGCCGACAACCGAAAAACGAUAGAAAUCGAAAUAUGGAUCGAUGCUACCUUAGACAUUAGAGGACAAAGUUUCCCUACUCUUCAGCCUCUUAGCUAUUACAACGAAUCCGCCCAAACCUCUGGAACAAUGAAAGAACUCAGGAAAGAGUCGGACAUCGGUCCCGAGGUUGCUCAUGUUUAUUUCGUGACAAACAAAGGUCCUUCCGCAAUUAAAGAAGCCGAAGUAUUCAUUCUUUGGCCUAUUACGUCACUUGGUGGUGAGGAUCUCCUUUACCUAAUGGAACAACCAAUCACCAAAGGUGAUGUUAAGUGUGACCAUGUUCAAUUUGCUAAUUAUAGAAAAAUUAAAUCAGAGGCUACAUUAACCACAUUGUGGGAACGCUACAAGAUCGAUAUAUCCGCUUUCGAUGCAGCUAAUGCUCAAAAAGUCACCAAGGAGAAGGAGGAACAUAACAUAGAAAUCGGAACUGGCAUUAAUAGUGGACCUGGGGUUAUUAAUAAACCUAGUGAAACAGAACAAGAUAUCAAAAAAGCUGGGGGUGAUUCGUCUGGGGUUUGGGCGCACAGACACAACGAAAGUACCUCAGAAGUCAGCAGUUGGGGUACCCUGAAUCCUUAUGGUCAAUAUGAGCUGACUGUCAGUAAAUCAUUUACGAAAUUCAUCAACGGCCAGGCGGUUACUACUUGGGAGAACACCACAACUAUUAGAGAUGCCCAAGGCAAUAUUAUUAAAACUUUAUACUACAACGAUAAUACUGACAGCCAGUAUGGCAAUGGCAACGGCAACGAUGAAUUCAGCUACAAAUUCGAACUGAAACGAGGAGAAUUCGAACACCGACAAGCUAGUUAUCAGAUCACGCUCGACGAAAACGGAAACCGACACAUUGUCUGGACAAACAAAACAACGAUUACGGACGAAAACGGAAAUAUUUUACGAAGUUACUACUGGGAUGAAAAUACUGGCGAAGUCAUACCAAUCAACGAACACGGAAAUAUACUCACUAUACAAGAAGAGCUAAAAAGACAAGAACAGCAAAGAUUAGAACAACAGGAAAGGAGACGUCAGGAAGAACUAGGUAGACAAGAGUUAUUUAAGCAAGAACAAGAGAGAAUCCGAGUUGAAGAGGAAAGGAAAAGGCAGAAAGAAUUGCUUAUAAAACAAGAAGCGCAGAGAAGAAUUGAAGAACAAAGAAGGAUUGAAGAACAAAAGAGAAUCGAAGAAAGUAAGAAAACAGAGGAAGAAAGGAGGCGAACUGAAAUUAGAUUCAGAGAAGAAGAAAGGCGAAGAGAGGAGGAAAAACGUCGACAAGAUGAAUUAAGAAGGCAGGAUGAAAUAAGAAGACAAGACGAAAUAAGAAGACAAGAGGAAAUAAGGAGACAAGAAGAGAUAAGAAGACAAGAGGAAAUACGAAUAGAAGAAGAAAGGCGAAGAAUACAAGAACAUAAUACUGCAACGACUUCAAGAUAUCCUACGUAUCCUAACAGAUAUGAAGAAGAAAGGAGGCGAGAGGAAGAAAGGAGGCGAGAGGAAGAAAGGAGGAGGCAGGAACAAACAAAAAUAUUGGAAGAGAGGCGUAGACAAGAACAAAUCAGGUUGGAACAGUGGAGACGUCAGCAGGAAGAAACCAGAAGACAAGAGGAAGAGAAAAGGAGGAUGCAGCAAAGUGGGCAAUUCGCCGGUUGGUCUGAAGAGGAGAUUAGGAGAUAUUUUGAAGAUUUGAGAAGAAGAGAAAAUGGUGGCCAAAACGGAGGGAGCAGUUCCAGUAGUUAUGAUCGGUAUGGUAAUAAGAGAAUAGUUACCGGAUAUUUUGAUUCGCAAGGAAAGUACCAUGCUGCCAAGAAUCCAAGUGAAAUCAUCUAUAACAAAACUUUCGUGAUCGAAAGUAGCACGUCCUUCCCUAUAGACAUCUCCUCUGGCGAAACUCGCACAUUUAGCAGUAACAUCAACGAUUUAGGCUCAGGAUUUACCGUUCAAACCAUCGACUUAGGUGGAGGACAAAAUCUAAAUUCAAGAACACGUGAAGAAUCCUACAGAGGCAGCGGAAGCCAAUCGUCGAACUACGGAGGAAGUUCCAAUUAUAGAGGUAGCUCCAAUUAUGGUGGAAGUUCGAGCUAUGGAAGCAGUUCAAACUAUGGAGGAAGUGCAAGUGGCUCGAAUUAUGGACAAGGCUCAUCUACUUAUGGACAGAGUUCAGGACAAAGCACAUCUACUCGUGGUCAGGGUUCAGGAUCCGGAGGAUAUAGAAGAGAAUGGUCUGCGGAAGGUGGUUCUUUUACCAGUGGUAAGCUUCCUACGACUUACUUCCACAACUCAGUUGAAGAUGACGUUCAGAACGAUGCUCCACGAAGGCAUUCAAGAUCUAAGAGGCAAAUAUUGACUGAUAUUGAUCCCUAUGCUAACAUACAAGCUCUAGUUAAGUGUAAUGCUACCAAAUGUAUAUACAUUAGAUGCGUUGUUGGAGCUUUGGAUAGAGACAAGGAUGUGUACAUUGCUUUGAGGUCGAGAUUGAAUGUCAGAGCCCUUAGAGAACUAUCUGGUGGUGACCAAGCCAUAAAACUAUCAUCCAUGAUGGUAGGGUCGAUCACAAACUUACCAUACGUAGGACGAAUAGAAAAACAGGAACAAGUACUAAAGCAAUACGAAAUAUUUACUGAAAUACCUGCCAAAGAAACGGAGAUUGUUCCGGAAGUAGCCCCAUUAUGGAUUUAUAUUGUAUCAGCGGUGGCUGGAAUUGUGAUGUUAUUACUGCUUAUAUGGUUGUUAAGCAAGUGUGGUUUCUUCAAGAGAAAUCGACCAUCUCCAGCUCCCGAAAGGCAACCCCUCAACAGGAACGGUUACCACAGCGGUGACGAAGCACUGUAAUUAGAACAAAUAACAAAUUUAAACACUCGGUAGCUAAUUUACUGCCCUAACAAACAAAAGACUCGAUUUUUUAAUUUAUUUUUAUUGAGUGUGUGUACAUGUGUUUAGUCGAAUGUAUAUUUUUUAUAUUUUUUUUUUGUAUAAUCGAAUUGUUAACUCGAAUACGGCGUCUAACAUUGAUUGGAUAAUUAUUUUUAACUUCGUGCCAUUUAAUUUUUAAUCGACGGUAUAUUAGGCAUCCCUAAAAGUAAUAAACGGUAAUAUCGCUUUUAUAUUUACACAUGCAUAUUAAAUAAUAUAUUAAACAAUAAUAUAAAUACGGAGCAGCUAUUAAAUAAAAUCUUUGACAACAUUGUAAAAGCAGUCAUACGAUGAUAGUCAUAUGAUCUGUAUAUAACUUACUGUGUAUGGUUAACUAAUGAUAUAGUUUUUAUAUUCAAACUGGCGUAUAUGGUGAAGUCAUGUGUAAUGAGACGAAAAUAUGCAUUGGCAAGCAUAGGUAACCUUUAAGAAGACAUUGUCAUGUAGGGUACCAAAGAGUUUGUAUGAAAAAUAGAAGAAAUAACGCAUCAAUGAGACAAAAAAUGAAUAGUUGUUGGGACAGUUCAUUGACCUUUUGUUUUGUCUUCGUUGUGAGGUAAAUAAAUAAAUAUCAUAAAUCACAAAAAACGUGAUUUAUUUAUCUACUAAAACACGUCAUUUAUUUGAAUAUUCAAUAUUUUAUUCCAUUGAGCACGAAAUUACUACACAUACCUAUUGAUAUUUUGUCAAGAAGAUGGCGCUUGUUUUAGGUUCAAGUCAUGUAGGUAUACCAUGCUCAGUUAAUGCCGUCUAACUAAGGGUGCCUUUUGAAUUUUAAUUAUAAAUGGACAAAUCUGCAACAUUUUUAUUUUAGUCAAAAUAUCGUUGUAGAUUGCUUUCGUUUCGGUCCCAGUAUAUUUUUUGUUGUUAUUUUUGUUGUCGAAAAUAUCACAUUCAAUCUCCUAUGUGGUAAAGAUAAAGUCUGUACUUAUAAAUUUGUAUAAAGUUUUAUGUAAUAUUUCUUGUUAAAUAGGUUCGUUUAUUUUUUGUAACUAUAUUAAAAUAUAACAAAUUGUGAAUAAACUAUUAAUUCUUAAUGAAAA